AUGAUUACCCUGAUUUUACUAUGACAGAAAUCAUUGCACUUGAUCCGAUUCUAAAUGCUACCACAACACCAGAUGUGCAAUCAAGACACAAUAAUCCCGUCAAAUAUGAAUCUUCUUCUUAUAUUCGACUGUCGGAAUCCGAAAGAAGUUCAAAGAGAGUUCCAGUUUUCUUCCCAAUCAAACAUCCAUUCGCAAGUCACAAUGAUUUUGAUGUUCCAGCUGAUAUGAUUGACCAGUUCAACCAAUGGGUUAUGAAAGAUGUUUCAAAUAGGCGUGACAGGAAAGCAGCAUAUACAAAGGUGAAAAAUACCUUUCAUCCUCAAAUGGACUUUGGCGUUGUCAAAAUCGCAGAAUAAGAUUUUUUCCACAUAAUGAGUCAACCGGGCAGACCUUGGGAG